AUGGGUGAUCAACUAGACAAAGGACAAAAUCAAGGUGGAUAUCCGGGAGCCUACCCACAAUACCCACAAGGACCAUAUUCCCAGCCACAAUAUCCUCCUCAGGGUUAUCCACCUUCUCAAAACUCUAGUUAUUACGGAAAUAAUGGAAAUUAUAACCCACAGCCACCAAUGCAACAAGGUUAUUAUCCUACACCACCACCUCAAACGGUAAUAGUCCAACAAGUACCUGAAAAAAACGAUAAUAAAGGAUUAUGUUUAGGAUUUGCUCUUGGAGCUUGUUUGUGCUGUUGUUGUGACGCAUGUUGUUAA